AUGGUGUUUGCUACAUGGCUCACUUUGUUUGUUUGUGUGUGUUCACGUGUGGCGUGCAGGCAAGAACUGGCCACUCUGCAGCGUCAAGUAAACGGCCUCUCACGUUCCAUGCAGUCCCCACGCAACACGCCUAGCAAUUUUCAAGCACAUCCCCCGCACCAGACCACAGCCGACAGAAAUGUACCACAUGCCCCGUCCGACAGCGGACGAGACUAUCCCGGAACUGAGUCCACCGGACACACCACACACGGACCGAACGCACGAGUCUCAACAGUCGAUAGAGACGAUCCCUACCAAACUGCAGGAAUAACUAAAACCUAUCCAGAACAGGAACAUCACGACCAAGAAAUAGAAGAAAGAAAUGUAGUUGAAGACAUUAAACCUACAGAAACAGUUUAUCAAAAACCUGAACAUUUUGAAGAGGAAGAAAUGUCUAAAGUGCAGACAGAAACAAAAGAACAAAUAAAAGAAGAACCAGAGAAACCGAUGGAAGUAGAACACACGGAAGCAUAUGAAGCGCCACAAUAUGAAUAUGAGCAGAAUUACGAACAAACACCGGCCUCGGCUGAUGCUCAAUUCGAUAAUCAGUUUGAGAAUUAUGAGCAACAACCUUAUGUAGACCAACAAUAUGAAAACUACGAACAAUACCCUCAGGAAGCUGUUGAUCCUAACGCGCAGUAUCAUCAAGAAUAUGAAAACUACCCAACAGAUGGCAAUUACACGGAUCAAAAUUAUGACACGACUCAAUACACUGAGGGAGUUACAGAAGCUGCACACGAUGAAAGCAAAAAUGUACAGGACCAAAGUUAUGAUGCUCAAUACGCGCAAGAAUAUCAAGCUGACCAGUAUGCAAAGGUUCAAAAAGAAAAGAUGCCAGAAAGUAUAAAAUCACAAGAGAAACCAUCUAGUCAAAGUUAGCAAUUUUAUUAGAUUUAAGUUAGAAUUUGUUCGUGCAAUAUUAUGUUAUUGAAAUGCUUAUUUUAUUUAUGUAUUUGUGCUAGUUUUAUGAUUGUAGAUAACGCUUUCAAUGUUAGUCAUGUUAUAGAUGAUUAGAAAAUUAUUAAAAAACAUGAAAUAAAUUAUAAAAGAGAUUAUAGAAUGCAGUUGUAUAAAGGAAAUUUUGAAGUGACCACUAGCGAGCUCAAUUAAGCCAAUACAUUUUGUCUUUUAACAUUUUAAGACAUUCUAGGAUAUUACUCUUUACGAAAUACAACUUAAACCCAGAUCAUCAUGUUAUGUCCAUAAUUCCCAUAAACU